AUGGCGAAUAACAACUACCCGUACGAGAUUAGAGAUGUGGAAACACCAGAGACAGAAGUCUCGCAUAAUCAUGAUGAAAUUGUCAGUAUUGGACCUAAAGGCUACAUAUUCCCAAAAAAGUUCAGAGAAAUGGCAGCUGACAUAUAUAACAUGGAAGUGAAACCAUCUGACGUUUACGUCUUCAGUUAUCCAAGAUCAGGAACAACAUGGACCCAGGAGUUAGUAUGGUUGGUGGUGAAUGACUUGGACUAUGAAACAGCUUUGAAAAUACCACUGACAGACAGAUAUCCAUUCUUAGAAGGAUCAAUGUUCUUGAAUGAUUCAAGGAAACAAAAGCUUCUCGAUGAAAGCAAAGACAAUGAAACAAAUGCAAAAGAUAUACAAAAUGUGGUGAAAUCUGCGGUGGAGCUCGUCAACGAGAUGCCGUCUCCACGAUUCAUAAAGACCCACUUACCACUCUCUUUAUUACCACCAAAAGCUCUCGAAGCCAAGAUGGUUUAUGUUGCAAGAGAUCCACGAGAUGCCAUUGUCUCAUUUUACCAUUUAAUAGAUUCACUGAAAUUGGCCAAUUUUAAUGGAGAUUUUAAACAGUUUUGGACCAUGAAGAAUUACCAAUCCUGGUCCCCAUACUUUGAUAACGUGAAAGAGGCGUGGGAGAAACGAAACCAUCCCAACCUACUCUUUUUGUUUUAUGAAGACAUGAGAAAGGAUCUUGGAUCAUCUGUACGUCGAGUUUGUGAUUUCUUUGGCAAGAAAUAUUCCGAUGAUCAAAUAGCUAAAUUGUGUGAUCAUCUCACUUUUGAUAACUUCAAAAAUAAUCCUUCUGUCAAUUACGAUCUCAUGAAGAAGAUUGGAUUAAUGCAUACUGAUAAGGAAUUCGUAAGAAAAGGUAAGACAGGCGGUUGGCGUGAGUACUUUGACGAAGAGAUGACAGCUGAAGCAGAUAAAUGGAUAGAAGAAAAUCUACGCGAUACAGAUUUACGCUUUCCAAGCAUGCAGUAA